GUGAUCCGCGGGCGCCGCGGUGCAUUCCAGCUCCCGGAGCCGGUGGGGGUUCGGCGUGCCCUGCCCCCAGCCGGACGCGACCAUGCUGUCCCGCCUGCUCAAGGAACACCAGGCCAAGCAGAAUGAACGCAAGGAGCUGCAGGAGAAGAGGAGGCGAGAGGCUAUCACGGCCGCGACCUGCCUGACCGAAGCCCUGGUGGACCACCUCAACGUGGGUGUGGCCCAGGCCUACGUGAACCAGAGGAAGCUGGACCGCGAGGUGAAGACCCUGCAGGCCCAGGCUGCCCAGUUUGCCAAGCAGACAGGCCAGUGGAUUGGGAUGGUGGAGAACUUCAACCAGGCUCUCAAGGAAAUCGGGGAUGUGGAGAACUGGGCUCGGAGCAUUGAGCUGGACAUGCGCACCAUUGCCACCGCGCUGGAAUACGUGUACAAGGGGCAGCUUCAGUCGGCCCCCUCCUAGCCACUCCACCCCCUGCCCUCCACCCGCAGCAGGCCGUGAAUAAAGCCCCGGCCUCCGUUCA